UUCAGCAGCGUGUGUUCAUUUUUGAGUGUUUCUGGACAGGAACUCGAUCUAUAGGGGAACAUUCACGCAAGCAAGGAAACAGUAUGGGACGAUGGCUUGUUAGUACAAGUGACUCUGUUUGGGGAAUUACGGACAAGAAACCUUGGAGGAAGAACGGCAUUAAAGAUCAAAGGCAUGAUGACUCCUGAUGAAAACAUCCCCAAAUGAUGAACCCACGAGCAAAAAGGAACUUCUACUUGGCGGCACCUGACUUGCUGGAUCCAAAAUCUGCCGCUCAGAACUCCAAACCGAGGCUCUCGUUUUCCACGAAACCCACAGUGCUUGCUUCUCGCGUGGAGAGUGACACGACAAUUAAUGUUAUGAAAUGGAAGACGGUCUCCACGAUUUUCCUGGUGGUUGUCCUCUAUCUGAUCAUCGGAGCCACCGUGUUCAAAGCGCUGGAGCAGCCUCACGAGAUUUCGCAGAGAACCACCAUCGUGAUCCAGAAACAAACGUUCAUUUCCCAACACUCCUGUGUCAAUUCGACUGAGCUGGACGAGCUGAUCCAGCAAAUAGUGGCAGCAAUAAAUGCAGGGAUUAUACCGUUAGGAAACACCUCCAAUCAAAUCAGUCACUGGGACUUGGGAAGUUCCUUCUUCUUUGCUGGCACUGUUAUUACCACCAUAGGGUUUGGAAACAUUUCACCACGCACAGAAGGAGGGAAGAUCUUCUGUAUCAUCUAUGCCUUACUGGGAAUUCCCCUCUUUGGUUUUCUGUUGGCUGGAGUUGGAGAUCAGCUAGGGACCAUAUUUGGAAAAGGAAUUGCAAAAGUGGAAGAUACGUUUAUUAAGUGGAACGUUAGCCAGACCAAGAUCCGCAUCAUCUCCACCAUCAUAUUUAUACUGUUCGGCUGCGUGCUCUUCGUGGCUCUGCCCGCCGUCAUAUUCAAGCACAUAGAAGGCUGGAGUGCUCUGGACGCCAUUUAUUUCGUGGUCAUCACCCUGACAACCAUCGGCUUUGGAGACUACGUUGCUGGUGGAUCAGAUAUUGAAUAUCUGGACUUCUAUAAGCCUGUCGUGUGGUUUUGGAUCCUUGUAGGACUCGCUUACUUCGCUGCUGUCCUGAGCAUGAUUGGAGACUGGCUCCGGGUGAUAUCAAAAAAGACAAAGGAAGAGGUGGGAGAGUUCAGAGCCCAUGCUGCUGAGUGGACGGCCAACGUCACGGCUGAGUUCAAGGAAACCAGGAGGCGGCUGAGCGUGGAGAUCUAUGACAAGUUCCAGCGCGCCACCUCCAUUAAGCGGAAGCUGUCCGCAGAACUGGCCGGGAACCACAGCCAGGAGCUGACCCCUUGCAGGAGGACCCUGUCUGUGAACCACCUCGCCAGCGAGAGGGACGUCCUGCCUCCCUUACUGAAAACUGAAAGCAUCUAUUUGAACGGAUUGACGCCACACUGUGCAGGGGAGGAAAUUGCUGUCAUUGAAAAUAUUAAAUAGCCCUCUCUUUGGAGAGCCUUAGGCAUAGCCAUAGGUGAGGACUCCUAGAUGCUCUUUAAGACUGUUGCUGGUAGCAUUUUUUUAAAUUGUGCAUGAACUCCAAAGGGGGGGGAAAUAGAGACACCCAUCACGGUCAUCUGCCAUCCAGAGGAUUUGGAAUUCUGAGCCAGCACUAUCUUCUUGAUGAUGCUUGUUGAAUGGUCCACUUUCUUUGACCAGUGGAAUACAACAAGCAGUGUCUGAUGCCUUUCUGUGCCCAGACUGUUUUUCUUCCUUUCUCCUAAUGUGCCAUGAGGCUUCAGAAUGAAUUAUCAUUGUUUCUGGUAGGAAUGUAGCUUUGAGGGAUGAGUCCUUAACUUUUCAGGGUCUACCUAACUGAGCCUAGAUACGGACCACUUAUGGAUGACAACAUUUCUUUUUGUAAAUGGCAAGAGAAUCUUAUGCAGCCUUUUACCUAAGAAAUUUUCUGUCAGUGCCUUAACUUAUGAAGAAACAGAACCUCUCUAGUUAAUAUGUGGUUUCUCCUUCCCCGCCCCACCCCUAGGCUCACCUGCAGUCCUUUACCCACGACUCCCAUUUGAAUACCAUACCUUGCUGGAAACUGUGUGUAAACUGACUGAAGUGGUGAUGCCCGAAGAAGGAAUAGAUGCCAAAUUAGAUGGACAUUGAAGCAACACUCAGAAACCCUAGUGUAAAAGGCACUGCACAGAAAUGAGGUGCACCGAUGGCCCCUCUGAGUAUUUAUUUGUCUCAGGUACCAAUGGUACAUAUAUAUACAGUGUAAUUAUUACCAGGCCGGUGAAAUUGGCAGUCUCCAGUUUUUUCCUGGCAGUAUUUGGAAUUUAUCAUUUAUUAAUAACUACAUUUUUAAAGGUGGAAGAAGAAAAUAUAUAUGAUCUGACAGAAGAAAACUGUUAAAAAUAGAUAUUAUUGGAGGCAAUUCGAGACAAUUGGUGUGAAUUACCAUUCUGAUGAAAAGAAGGUAGCCAAACAAUGUGUUAUGAGCAUUUGCUAAUAAACGUUACACUGCCAGCAUCGAUUUGCUUUUUGGUGUAUAAAAAAGGCUUAUGUGAUUUUCUUUCUUUGGGUGACUUUUGCCAGUCGAGGGGAGGCGACCAAGCAGGCAGGGCUGGGCUGGGCGCAGGCCUAGCCUCCCGUGGGUGUACCUCUGGAGCUGUGACUGAAGUUGAAACUGGGAUCACUGUGAUUUUGCGCAAGGAGAAUGCAGAUUGCAGGCAUAAUUCAUCUCUGACGUUAGAGGAAAAGCUGUUAUAGCACAAUUUAAAUCUUGAGAGCUUUUUUGUUUGUUUGUUUGUUUAGAUAGAAAAGGCCGGUAAUCCUUAUUAGUUUAAUUUUAUAGCGUGUAAUUCUUUGGAUGUUUCCAAAAUUCAAAAGAAAUUCAGUAAAGGCACCCAAUAGAUUGCUACUCUUUCUUUUAUUUUCAUACUCAGAUCUGCUGUACAUUGUAUAUAUAAUUUUUGAAAAUGCAGAAAGAAAAUGAUGUCACUAAAUAUAAUUGCAAAACAUUUCUUUUACUGUUGCGGGGCAUAUCUAAAUAAGUGGUAUUCAUAUUAGAGUCUUAAUAAUAAACCCAGGAUCUUAAAAAAAAGAAACUUAAUAGAUGCUUAUUUUCCAAAAUUUAAAUUUAAGCUAAAAAUGUAAAUAUUCAGUUAACUUGUUAAAGGUACUUUUAUAAACUUUAAAAAAAUUCUAACUGAAAUUUUAGAAGGUCAGGCUCUUUGAGAAAGAAAGCUACACCCAUUUCCUCAGUAACUGUUCUGAACGUUGAUAUGGUGGACUGCACCAUGUAUAAACUGUGAAUUGUAUUGACAAAUAAAGUUUGUAAUUAAAGUCA